AUUUGGUUGGAGUUAGUGCUUCUCUGCAAAGUAAAUAAGUAAUGAUGAUACGAUAGAUUAAUAUAUAGUGAACAAGAAGGCUAAUGGCAACUUCUUCCUCUUUCACUCACCUUGUGCAAAAUCCAAAACCUAGAAAGGCCUUUGAAGACAGCAUCUUCAUCUCUUCCCCUACAAUAUUCUAAGGAUUGAUUGGUAGCAGAAUGAUGGAAGAGAAUGGCUACUAUGAGCCAGACCAUGGCUACUACCCCAUGCAACCUUCUGAAUUUGAACCCAAUGACUUCGAUCGCGUUAAUCUCAAGCUGACAACCUUCACCAUGGAUGAACUCUCCAACACUGGCAAUCUUCUUCCCAACGACGACGACGUUGGGGUUUUCGACAUGGAGCGGGAACUACAAUCGCACAUGAUUCAUGAACCUUCGUUAAUCUCAGACAUCUACGAGAACCAAGUACAUGACAUGAUUGCAGAAGAAGAAGGAUUAAUCUAUUCCAUGGAUCCGCAUUACAGCCACAUCAAUGGAGUUGCAACCGACCUCAAUGUCAACCUUCUGACAACGUCGACGUCAAGCCUUCUGCAGCCUCCGCCUCCGGCGCCGUCUUCUUUCUCGUUCAACAUGUUUGUCGAUCCGCUGCCGCAAUCUCGGCUACUGUUCCAUUCCCUGCCGCAAAACUACGGAGCUUUCUAUGGUUUGGAGGACGAGAGGGAGGCGAGAAAUCUCGAUGGCAUGGGCUUGAAGUUGAAUAAAGGCGAGGGGAAAUCUAAUUUUGCCACCGAGAGACAGAGGAGGGAGCAGAUCAACGAGAAGUACAAGGCUCUGAGGCUCCUAAUUCCGAACCCAACAAAGGUUGAUAGAGCCUCCAUCGUCGGCGACGCAAUUGAAUACAUCAAAGAGCUGCUAAGAACGGUGGAGGAGUUGAGAGUCCUAGUGGAUAAGAAGAGGCAAGGCACGGAGAGGAUAAAGAUACCGAAGCUGGACGACGACGACGAGGGUGCUGCAGACAUGGACCAGAGCUCCUCGAUCAGGCACCUUCGCGACGAUGAGCACGGCCACUCGCAGAGUGGCCCGCUCAGGAGCUCCUGGCUCCAGAGGAGGUCCAAGGAGAGCUUAGUCGACGUCCGAAUUGUCGACGACGAUGCUAACGUGAAGCUCACGACGAAGAGGAAAGCCGAGUGCUUGCUCCGCGUCGCGCUGGCUCUCGAGGAGCUCCGGCUGGACGUCGGCCAUGUUGCAGGGGGAAACAUCGGAGUUCACUACGUCUUCAUGUUCAGUACGAAGAUUCCUGAAAGGUCUUCAGUGUAUGCAGGUGCAAUAGCCAAAAAGAUCCUUGAAGCCGUAGAUAGCACAUGAACUGUGACUGUGUUACAAAUAAAUUCAGAAACAAUCUAAAACUCAAUAGAUAGUGUCUGAUGAAUCAAAGAUUCAUAAGCCAAGCCAAAAAAACAAGAGAAUUAAUUAUUCAUACCAUGCUAGCUGUUUUAUUUUACUAUGCAUUGCUUGAU